GCAACAGUAGUCUAGAUACCGUUAUUGCGGAUGUCCACAAAGUGACUUAAAAUUGUGUUAUUUAUAUACAUACAUAUGUACACACAAUUUAAGUCUGGAUAUCAAAAAUUACAAGAAAAUAAUUGCAUGCGAAUGAUGAAACCGUUUAGGAAAUUAGUUGAUUAAACCAAAGUUGUGAUUAUUUUGUUGUAUUUUGUGCUGUGAUUGCGCUUAGUGCAAGCAAGUGAAAGAUAGCAUAGUAAAAUAAAAAUAAAUAAAUAAAAUCCAAAUAUCGAUUCUCCGCAAAAAUAUGACAUUCGUGCAACCGUUUGUGUUCUUCCGUGAUGGCCGGUAGCAAGUACAGCAACAACUAUGUAUACCACACAGUGGUUUUAUGUGUGCGUUUGCAUUGAAAAAUCGAAACAGCAAGCAUUGAAGCUCUGGGCAAAUUGGAUUGGAUAUGAUUUGCAAGUGAAUCUAGAAAUUAACGCUUAAGAACCCAAAAUCAUUUCGUAUUUCAACACAUUAUAAGCAACACACACAUUCGGACACCGUCUUCAAUUUCGUUAUUAUGGAUUGGAGUUGGGCCAUUGCUGGUGUCAACGAUGAAAUACCACGUACAGCGGGCCCCGAAUGCAUUAAUUAUAUGACGAAUCGCCGUCGAUGGAUCGAAUCGGUAGUACUUAGUCUAAUCUUCAUCUAUUUAAUAUACUGGGCAGCGAAACGUAUGGACCCGAUUAUAGUGCCACCGCCAAAGGAAAUGAAUAAGCCACACUCUGCCAUAAGAUUAAUGCUACUAAUAUUGAUGACUUUUAUAUUUGGUGUGGAAAUGGGUUUUAAAUUUGCAAAUCAAAAUAUGAUAUACGUCCUGAAUCCAUGCCAUAUUCAAACUUUGGUGCAGAUCUAUCUGUUGGCAGCGAAACCUAGUAAAACUACGAUAGCAUUAUUCAGAAUACAAAUGAAUAAUUUAAAUGGUCCCUUUUUGGCGUUUCUUUUUCCGGAAGUGGAAUGUCGCACACUUCAUUUUGAGCAAGCGACCUAUUGGAUUCAGCAUGCCCUAUUAUAUCUGAUUCCCGUGUAUAUAUUAAAAAGUGGUGCCUAUCAAAUUGAGCACAUCCACGACUACAAUUGGACUACUAUCGGUACCGCGACAAUGCUGCUCUAUCAUUUUGCCUUUUUAAGUACUUUAUCAAUGUACACCGGCAUCAAUCUCAGUCAUAUGCUCUGUGCCGCUCUAUCAGAUCCCUUUCAGGGGCAAAAUUAUCGAAUUGCAGCUACGAUGCAUGAAAUACUUUUGUGUCCCAUACUUAAUAAAGGAACUGUAAUUAUGUUUAGCAAACCAACACCGGUCUUCAGUGCUAAAAAAGUGAAACCCGGUUUAGAGUUGCGUAUCAAUAAGCUCAUCAACGCCGAUAGACGUGUCUCGUCCGACGAAGCGUUGCUUAGUUCGCACCUGCGCAGUACACGUGAGCUCUUAUCAAAAUCGGUACCAACGACACCUUCCUCCUUACCACAAGUUUCAAAUAAUUCACCGCUGAAUGAAAUAUCUUUGGUUGCCGAAAUGGCGGCAGCAGUGGCAGCUGGUACUGGUCCUGUUACGGUUAUGCGAAGUUUAAAACGAAAUUCCAUUAGCGUAAUAAACUCUGAAAAUGUGACUAAAGAAGGAAGACAUGAUGAUCAUAGGAGGAUGGGGGAAUUAAAAAGUAAUGAAUGCGCGAAAGCCACAAUUGCCUCAAAUGAUGAGUACACAAUGCCAACAAAAAUUGACUAGUAUCCAACGAAAAUAUGUGAUAGAUGUUGGUGGAUUCAUAAAAUUUCCAUUUCAUGCUCAUAGUAAAGAUACAUACGUUAAUAUUGGAAAAGCAAUAAAAAAGUGCGAUUAAUUUGGAAGGUCAAUUGUAUUUGAGACUAAACAGCAAGAAAAGCAA